CUAAAUCAAUUGAAAAUUUUACUUUCUUUUUAUGAGCAAGUGGCAAUUAAUGCUUGUCUACUAUUAAGGAAUUGUUUAUAGAAUAGUUGAUAGAGAAGGUAAUUUAGUCCUGUAGCCAACCUGUGAGUUGCAGUUAAUGUAGGGCCUUAGGAUACUAUCUGAGAAGGAGGAAAAUCAUGGCUUGGGAAUUAUCAAGAACUAUUCUAGAUGACUGGGUUUGAUCUGGGAACCCUUCACAUUCUUUUCAGAGUUCCACUGGCUUCUAAGGUGUUUGAAUUCCUAUGGAACUGAUUUCUGUUAGAGAUGUUAUUAAAACGCUGAUACAGCAUCUUUCACUCGUUUUUAAUCUCCCGACUUUGCUCCUCCUGCUAUUUUCAAAACUAAAGCUUAUAUGGUUUAAUAUAAUGAACCAGCACCUGUUUUGUUCUCUGACUUCUGAAAGAAAUUAGAAUAUGUAGGAUUUAUGAUGUACCAAACGAAGGAGGCGCUGAAAUAGGAAAUGUGUACAGAAUCCCUCAGUGUGUCAAAGCUGCUUGUGAAUGCCUUGAAUGAAAAGCCAUUGUCCAAGACACAGUAUAUGAAAUAUUUUCAAAGCUAACUACCAGCUAGCUUUGUGAGCAUUGUUUUUGCCUUCUAAUUCAUGUGCUCUCUGUCACAGCCUUUUAUUAUUUCAUUCCUUCCCCCUUUAGACACAUACUCAAGGAUCAAUUCUUCUACCUUUUUUGAAUCUCACCUCCAAAGCCUGUUCAGAGCCUCUCCUCCAGCCAUCAGUGAUGUCUGACUGGGAGUGAGAGUUGAUUGUUGAGGAAUUGAGGAAGUGGAAGCUCGCCUGACAGUUAUAAAGUGCAAGAUAAGAAAACUGCCUCCAACCGCCUCUCCUCUGCAACUUCUGGACAAAAUAGCAACCACUCAGGAAGUAAACCAGACCCUCCGCCUGUGCUACGGGUUGAUGACCGGCAGCGGCUGGCCCGGGAGCGACGUGAGGAACGAGAAAAACAGCUAGCUGCAAGAGAAAUAGUCUGGUUAGAAAGAGAAGAGCGUGCCCGGCAGCACUAUGAAAAGCACCUGGAAGAGCGGAAGAAGAGGUUGGAGGAGCAGAGGCUGAAGGAGGAGCGGAGGAGGGCGGCUGUGGAGGAGAAGCGGAGGCAGAGACUCGAGGAGGACAAGGAACGCCAUGAAGCUGUCGUGCGGCGUACGAUGGAAAGGAGCCAGAAGCCAAGGCAGAAGCAUAACCGGUGGUCGUGGGGAGGCUCUCUCCAUGGGAGCCCCGGCAUCCACAGUGCAGAUCCAGACAGGCGGUCAGUUUCCACCAUGAAUCUUUCGAAACAUGUUGAUCCCGUCAUUAGCAAGCGGCUCUCCUCCUCAUCUGCAACUUUACUAAAUUCUCCAGAUAGAGCUCGCCGCCUGCAGCUCAGCCCCUGGGAGAGCAACGUUGUUAACAGACUCCUGACGCCCACACAUUCGUUCCUGGCCAGAAGUAAAAGCACAGCCGCCUUGUCUGGAGAUGCAGUUAUCCCCAUUUGUCCUCGUUCAGCAUCUUGCAGCCCCAUCAUCAUGCCCUUCAAAGCUGCACACUCUAGAAAUCCGACAGAUCGACCAAAACUCUUUGUAACACCACCUGAGGGCUCUUCGCGCAGGAGGACCAUUCAUGGCAUAGCGGGCUAUAAAAAGGAGAGAGAGAGAGAAAAUGUACCCUUCCACCUCACAUCUGGCGUCCGAAGGGCUCUAUCUCCAUCUAAUCCCAAAGCAAGAUCACCAGCUUCCUCUCGCCUGUGGCUCCCGUCCAAGUCCUUUCCUCAUUUGCCUGGCACACCCAGACCAGCCUCCUCCUUGCCCCCUGGCUCGUUCAAAGCUGCCCCUGCUCAGGUCCGGCCCCCGUCCCCCGGCAACAUCCGCCCUGUCAAGAGAGAAGUCAGAGGGGAGCCUGAGAAAAAAGACCCCGAGAAGGAACCUCAGAAAGUUGCCAAUGAGCCCUCACUGAAGGGCAGAGCACCUUUAGUGAAGGUAGCAGAUGCCACCGUUGAAGAGAGGACACCUGUCGAACCAGAAGCCGACCCUGCUGCUCCAGUUGUGGCCCCAACUCCAGAUUCAGCCCCAGCUCCAGCCCCAGCUCCGGCCUCCGGCCCCACCCCAGCCUCGGUCCCAGUGCCGUCAUCCACUACGACUGCCAGUGCUUCUCCCAAGACUUCCGCAGGAACCACCGACCCGGAGGAGGCCACGCGGCUGCUAGCUGAGAAGAGGCGGCUGGCCCGAGAGCAGAGAGAGAAGGAGGAAAGGGAGCGGAGGGAACAGGAAGAGCUGGAAAGACAGAAGAGGGAGGAAUUGGCUCAAAGGGUGGCUGAGGAGAGAACCCGGCGGCGCGAGGAAGAGUCCCGGCGGCUAGAAGCUGAGCAGGCCAGGCAGAAGGAGGAGCAGCUGCGCCGGCAGGCGGCAGAGCGAGAACAGCGCGAGCGGGAGGAGGCGGAGCGCGCCCAGAGACAGAAAGAAGAAGAAGAAGCUCGUGUUCGUGAAGAAGCGGAGAGGCUCCGGCAGGAACGAGAGAAGCAUUUCCAGAGAGAAGAACAGGAGCGCCUCGAGAGGAAGAAGCGACUUGAGGAGAUUAUGAAAAGAACCAGGAAAACAGAAGCUACAGAUAAGAAAACAAUUGAUCAAAGAAAUGGUGAUAUAGCCAAGGGAGCUGUCACUGGAGGAACAGAGGUAUCUGCACUUCCACGUGUGACAAACUCCCCAGGAAAUGAAGAGCCAGUGACCAGCCCACAUGUGGUUGCCUCACACCAAUCAAAAGUGACCGUGGAAAGCACUCCCAAUUUGGAAAAACAACCAAAUGAAAAUGGAGUAUCUGUUCAGAAUGAAAAUUUUGAAGAAAUUAUAAACUUGCCCAUUGGAUCUAAAGCAUCCAGGUUAGAUGUCACCAACAGUGAGAGCCCAGAAAUUCCUUUGAAUCCAAUUUUGGCCUUUGAUGAUGAAGGGACACUUGGGCCCCUGCCUCAGGUAGAUGGUGUUCAAACCCAACAGACCGCAGAAGUGAUAUGAGCAUUUCUUCUGAAGAACCAAAGCUGUCAAGGAGCAUCUCCCCUCCUCCAGUUUUCUAAAGAUGUCUUGACCCUCGUUUUAAAAAGAAUUUAUUAAAACCAGCUGAAGACAACAGACUGGGGAGCUUUUCUAAUAAUUUUCAUCAACGGAAAGAAAGAAAUGCUCCUCAUUUUCCAAUCCUUUAAAACAGCUUUUUCUGGUGUGCUCCUUCUUAGCAAAUCAAUAUUUUUCUGCAUUCUUUAAAAGACAGGAGCAUUUGACGACUAUAAAAGAAAUGGGCUGACUAGGCAUGAUUUUUUUCAGAUAGAUAUUUUGGUCUUAAGCUUAACAUAUAAAAUUGGCAAAAAAAAAAAUUACCUUUGACAAUAUAAUACUUGAAAAAUAAGUACCUCUUUGCUCUACAAGUAGAAUGAAUAGGGGAGGUGUUUGAGCCUGUUUUGUUUAAAUAUUAUUGCAAAGAGCUCUAUUUGUAGAAGCAAGUUAUAGGCAGAUUACCAGGUUCUUAUAAAUGCAACUUGUACAUGGACAUUCUGCAAACCCAGCUGUCACAGUCUUCUUGCAAUUCCUUUUGCAAACAUACACGAAAGAGUUUUAAA